UUCUGGUUGGCUGUGGGCGGGGCGCGAGCUUGGCUAGGCGGUGCCUCCGAGGGAUUUUAUUGGUCACCUGAGAGAACAAGGAAGGGAGGCGGCGUGUAGGUGAGGAGGAUGGGGACGUGGCUCGGCUUCUCCGGCGGUGGCUCGGCGGUGGUGGGACCUUCCCGUGCAGAGUUGGGAUCAUCAUUUAUUGUCCAUAUAAGAAGAUCAAGCAACCAUCCCAUUAGUGAAAAGUAAUUGAAGAGUAUUUGAUAUAAUUCAAGGAAAAUAUAUUAAAAUAUUUUUCACUAGAACCUCUUUCCAUCUUGAUAGAUGUUAGCCAGUGCUAUGUUUUGGACAAAAAGCAGACCAAGAAAGAAGAUGUUUUUCAUAAAAAACAAUGUAACCUUGAAGAAAGAAGAGUGUGCAGUGCUUAGGUUAUUUUUAUCUCCUGGUUUCUGGAAUUUGAAUUCAUAUUUGGUUCAGUGGUUCAGCAGUAUACUAAGAAUGACAACUAAUUUUUAUUAAUUGAGCACACUGCAUAUAUAUUUGACAUGCAAAAAGCAUAUGAUGGAAAGUUUGGAAUAAUUUUUAACUGCUUUCCUAUGGUUGGUAAUAAUUGGACCAUGAAGGCAACUGGAUUUAUUUCCUUAUGGGUGUUGGCUUCAUUGUUUUGCUGUCAACUAAUAACACCUGUGGAACAUGAGGAUAUAGUGAAACAUGCAAUAAAGCUGCAUCGUGGUAGAGGAGUUGCUGUUACACAGAGGAAACAAUGGCUUGUAGAAAACUGCAGAAAGCUAUCUGGACUCCUGCGUCAAAAGAAUGUGGUUCUCAACAAACUAAAAAGUGCAAUAAGAGCAGUCGAAAAGGACUCAGGGCUGUCACUUGCAGAAAGAACUUUUCAGGUCCACACAUUUGAAAUUUUUCAAAAGGAACUGAAUGAAAGUGAAAACUCUGUAUUUCAAGCAAUCUAUGGACUCCAAAGAGCUUUACAAGGUGAUUAUAAAGAUGUUGUGAACAUGAAGGAAAGUAGUCGGCAGAGAUUGGAAGCUUUGAGGGAAGCAGCAAUAAAGGAAGAAACAGAAUAUGUUGAACUUCUAGCAGCAGAGAAACACCAGGCCGAAGCCCUGAAAAACAUGCAGCAUCAAAAUAAAAGUUUAUCCAUUCUUGAUGAGAUUCUUGAAGAUGUAAGAAAAGCAGCUGAUAGGCUUGAAGAGGAAAUAGGAGAGCAUGCCUUUGAUGACAAUAAGUCAGUGAGGGGAGUGAAUUUUGAAGCUGUUUUAAGAGUAGAAGAAGAUGAAGCGGAUACUAAAAGAAAUAUUUCAAAACGGGUAGUAGAAGAUGAUUUGGGUUUAAGCAUGCUUAUUGAUUCCCAAAACAAUCAGUACAUACUUACUAAGCCCAGAGACUCUACCAUUCCACGUGCGGAUCAUCAUUUUAUAAAGGAUAUUGUCACCAUAGGAAUGCUAUCUUUGCCUUGUGGAUGGUUAUGUACAACAAUAGGAUUACCAACUAUGUUUGGAUACAUUAUUUGUGGAGUACUCUUAGGGCCAUCAGGAUUAAACAGCAUUAAGUCAAUUGUGCAAGUAGAGACGUUGGGAGAAUUUGGUGUAUUCUACACACUGUUCCUCGUUGGCUUGGAGUUUUCUCCGGACAGAUUAAGAAAGGUGUGGAAGAUAUCAUUGCAAGGACCCUGUUACAUGACAUUCCUGAUGAUUGCAUUUGGCUUACUGUGGGGACACUUGCUACAAAUUAGAGCAACACAGAGCGUUUUCAUUGCUACUUGUUUAUCAUUAUCAAGCACACCAUUGGUAUCCAGAUUCCUUGCAGGGAGUGCUCGGGGAGAUAAAGAAGGAGAUAUUGAUUACAGCAGUGUUCUGCUUUCAAUGUUGGUUAUGCAGGAUGUACAGCUUGGCUUAUUUAUAGCUGUUAUGCCAACUCUUAUUCAAGCAGGUGUUGGCACACAUUCCAGCACCAUCAAGGAAAUACUGAGAAUAUUGAUGCUGAUUGGACAAAUCCUCUUUUCUUUGGCUGCUGCCUUGCUUAUAUGUCUUGUUUUAAAGACUUAUCUAAUAGGACCAUACUACCGCAAGUUGCAUACGGAAAGCAAAGGAAAUAAGGAAAUUCUAGUUCUGGGAAUAUCUGCUUUUAUGUUUCUUAUGUUAAUGGUCACAGAGCUAUUGGAUGUUUCGAUGGAAUUGGGAUGUUUUCUAGCAGGAGCACUUAUAUCUUCUCAGGGUCAUAUGGUUACUGAAGAAAUUAUGUCCUGUAUUGAACCAAUACGUGACUUCCUUGCCAUCAUAUUCUUUGCAUCUAUAGGCCUUCAUGUUUUCCCUACGUUUGUAAUAUACGAACUCACAGUCCUGCUGUUCCUUACACUUUCAGUGGUAAUAAUGAAGUUUUUCCUGGCAGUGCUUGUCCUUUCUGUGAUUCUUCCAAAGAGCAGUCAGUACAUCAAAUGGAUUGUAUCUGCAGGCUUGGCUCAAGUCAGUGAAUUUUCCUUUGUCUUGGGAAGUAGAGCACGCAGAGCGGGUAUAAUUUCUCGAGAGGUCUACCUCCUUAUAUUGAGUGUGACUACUCUAAGCCAAUUGCUCGCACCAGCACUCUGGAGAGCUGCGAUUAUGAAAUGCGUACCAAGACCUGAAAGACGAUUAAGUUCCUAAAGUUACUUAGUACAAAUCUUUCAUGAAGAAAGCAUCUUUAUAAUCAACAAAUGCAGAAUUUCCCACACUACAUAGCCUGAAUUUGGGAGGAAGAGCUUGUGUCCCCCCCCCCAAAAAAGCUUUAUUUCUUUUACAAAAAGUCUGCAAUUCCAAUAACUGACUGGUGUGCCUUUUUGUGAGAAUCAGGCAGAAUCCAGCACUGCAUAAGAAAGACACUGAUCACACAAUGGGACUUCCCCAACAUUUCUUUCCCCCUAUGGUCCUCCCCAAUCAUUCCUGGAGUAUCCCCAACUUUGUGGAGCAGAUUUUGAGGUACACGGGGGCUGUGGGAGAGGAAAGUGAAGUCCCAUAGUGUGAGCAGAAGUCUAUUCCACUUGCACAUGUGUAGUGCUGGAUACAACCUGUUAUUUACAGUCAGUGUAGUAAGUUUAAUUAACAUUUAUAGUGCCUGUGGCACUGUUAAAGAACUAUGUAAUAAGUUAGUAUCCAAAUCUAACGGCCACAAUAUAUAUAUAUAUAUUCAGUGCUGUACAAACUUUAAUUUUUUUCAUUCAAAUAUAAGCUUGAAAACUGCUACACCUAUCAAAGGACUGAAAGUUAAUAUGCCUAAAUUUACACUUAAUUGAUGCAUUUUAAAUAGUUAUUUGUAACAUUGAGCUGUCUCUCUUUUUUUGACAAAAAUGUUUGUUGUGAUCAGAAAUGACUUUUUAGUAUGAAUAGUAAGAAUUUAUUGUGUUGAUCAUGUUAAUAGUUCAAAACCAAAACAUAGACAUUGAAACUAAAUUAAAACUAUUUUUGGAAGAUACGUUUAGGUUUGUGUUGCUUAUUUAUAUAGAAAGAAGGGAAAAACUCAGAAUCUAGUCACAUUGAAUAAAUACUGGAAAGUCCAUGUCUUUAAUUCUUAUAUAGACACAUACUAAAUGGUGAACUAUUCCACCUUAUUUGAUUCCAAAUCUAAUAUUGAAAAUGUGAUUCUUUAACAAUCUUAGUGGUAUUCUAUAUGUAGCUAUAGUGGCUCUGAGCAGCUUCCCAAAAUCCAUACUUUGUUGCUGCAUGUGCUGUGGCCAGUGGCGUAGCAAGGUCAGGUGGUACCCGGUGCGGAAAAUUUCUUGUCACCCCCCCCACACACAUUGAAAUUAUUAAAAGAAGGAAAAAUAAGAUACAGUUGCAAGUGUUAUUUUCUGGUUUAUUUACUUAACAUUGUGAGCAUAAGCACUUAAAACCUUUUUUCCUAACUUUAUUCUCUGCAAAUUUUGAAAUCACAUCAUCAAAAUCAAUUCCUUUUGCUACUUUUGGAGGAAAGAAACACCCCGUGACUUAGUUGGUUUUUAACCACUGGCCUAGAACCAAGUAAUGCCCAGAGAGAGAAAGAUGUCUGCCCCCUUGCUCACGACCAGUCCAGAAGGUGGCCUGGCCGGUGGGCCAGCUUCCUCCUCCUCUUCCUCCCCAGCCUCAGGUUUGCCUUUGUGCAGCUCAGCAUGGCUUCCCUCCUGCUCUGUCUGCUAUGUACCUCAUUGAGGGAGUCCCAAAAACUGUCAGGUGUAGACAGGGAGCUCUCUGACGAAGAUCGCGGCAACUGCGGAGGAAGAGGAAGAAGUAAUUCGGGUGCCAUAUGACAGCUCUUUCCAAAAUAUAAAAACCAGUAUCAUGAACAUUAAAAUGCUAAAGACAAGCAAUUAAAAAGCACAACCAAACAUUAAAACUCAAGGCACCCAUAACUGAAACAAUAUAACAUUGGUGUAGCUAGCCGCUCGGGUGCCCGGUGCAAGGCACACAUCCUGCGGAAGGGGGGCGCUAUGUGGAGCCUCUCCGCCCCCUCCCCCUCAGCUCUAGGGUGGCUGAGGGAGAGGCGAUGGGCAGACACAAGCCCACGCUGCUGUUUCAGGGAGCAUUGAGCCUGCAAGUGCCCAAGCCACCACGUCACUCCCAGGAGAGCAGUGUGGUUCACGUGCUGCAAGCCCCGCAGUAAGUGCUGGCCCCCACGGUGUGGCGC